AUGAUCGGGCAGGGUUCUGCUCAUAGCUGGCGACGCUAUGAGAAAGGGGACUGGCUGGAAGAAACAAUUCUCAAAGACCCGGGCGACCUCCCAGCUUGUCAGUCAGCGUCCCCAGUUUUGAGCCCGCUUUCAGGAAGGCGGUCCCGCAGCCGCUGUCACGGCGGUACAGAACUUCUUCAGACAACAGCUGUGAAAACAGUAAAAACCUCCCGCCUAAGGCUGCUUCUGGGAGCAGCUGAUGUUUACAAUGGAACUGUGACCUUUCUGCCUUUGGAGGAAAACAGCGAAGGAAAAUACCAGAUUAAAAAGAGCAAUAUUUAUCAAAUUCAACUUACACAUGUAAAACAUGAGGAAUGGUCUUUGUCUGUUGUAGCUCCAUUUCCAGAAGACUGGUUUUCAGAUGGAAUUGCAUAUCCCAAACUAGCAUGGCUUGAAAAUGAACUUUUGUCCAAACUAGCUAAAUGGUGUGUGGAGCAGAAGUCCAGUGAGUUUAAAAGUACACUCUCCCUCAUUUCUGUAGCAAAAUACAGCCAGGUUUAUCAAGACCUUAAAGAAAAAUACAAGGAGAUAGUAAAGGUGUGGCCUGAAGUAACAGAUCCUGAGAAAUUUGUUUAUGAAGAUGUUGCCAUUGCCACUUAUUUGCUGAUUCUUUGGGAAGAAGAGAGAAAGGAAAAAGGAUUGACAAAGAAACAGUCGUUUGUUGAUCUUGGAUGUGGAAAUGGCCUAUUGGUUCAUAUUCUAAAUAAUGAAGGGCAUUCAGGUAGAGGAAUUGAUGUGAGGAGAAGAAAAAUAUGGGACAUGUAUGGACCUGAAACUCGUUUAGAGGAAUCUGCAAUUGUGCCAGGUGACAGUCAUCUCUUUCCAGAUGCUGACUGGCUCAUAGGAAACCAUUCAGAUGAACUAACACCGUGGAUACCUGUAAUUGCAGCUAGGUCUUCCUAUUCCUGUCGCUACUUUGUGCUUCCAUGUUGCUUCUUUGAUUUCCAUGGCAAGUACAACCGAAGACAAAGCAAGAAGACUCAGUACAGAGAAUAUCUUGAUUUUAUUGUUCAAGUGGGAUUUGUAUGUGGCUUUCAUGUGGAGGAAGACUGCCUUAGAAUUCCAUCAACAAAAAGGGUGUGCCUUAUUGGAAAAACCAGGACCUCUCCACCUACAGAAUGUGCUCUGAUUGACAAGCAGAUAACACAGUUCAUUAAUAAUCGUCCCUCCUGUGCUGUGGUCACCUGUGACAGAAGACUUGGAUUUCAUCAUAAGGAUCAGUCUGAUUGUGUAUGCCAGGAAGCAGGCUCAGAACUUCCUGAAAAUGAGUUUGAAACUGCUGGUACAAUUUGGAUGCCUGGAUUUCAACCCAGAGAAAAAGUAGAACAAAUAAAAAAUUGUGCUUCCCUCCCUCGGGAUUUUGUAGAUGAUGUAGUUCUCAAUGUGGCAAACUUGCUGUUAAAUGCAGCUCCCCCCAAAUCAUGUUCGAGUAUGCAUGGCGAAAAUGCAAAUACCUGGAAUCAAGGAGAAAGCCUUUCCUUGAAAGAAGUAGCAGAACACCUAAAUAAAGAGACUUUAAAAAGGCUAAAGAGUGAAUACGGAGGCCUGCAGACACUACUUAAGAACAAUCAUCAAGUAUUUGAAGUUCUAAAUGGGAGAGUGCAUAUUCGUGACUGGCGAAAAGAGAAGCCAUCAAGGAAAACUAAGCCUGAAGUGAAACGGCGCCUUUCAGCUGAAGCAUUUAAAACACGUCUCUGUUGGUUUUUCAUUCACCAUCCUGAUGGUUGUUCUUUGUCUGCUGAAUCUUGCCCAUAUGCUCAUGGGACUGAGGAGCUAAGGGAGUCUCAUAUUAUUAAAAAGAAAAAAAAUAUACAGUAAUAAAAUGCUGCCACUUAUAUUUAAACUUGUGAAUAUAGCUGAAUCUGUGA